AUGACCGACUCUCCAUUCCAGCGGAUCCCGCUCGAUCCCAAGGAGCAGCCCAUUCUCGAUCGCAUCCUCGUCAUUCGCGACCAUCUCUCGCUUCUCAAGCAGGACCGCAGCACCUACGUGAAGAGUGCAGAUGUGGUCAAGUACUACACGCAACUCGUGGAGCAAGUGGAGCAGCUGAACGAGAUCCGUAUCGACAAGCGCGAUGAACAGAAUCGGGUGGACACGGUCUUGGAUGAUUGCUUUCGGUUAAUCUCUCUCUUCUUCCUGACAAUCGGCCGCAAUCGCGAGGCUCCCGCAAUCUACACCUGCGUUUCCACCGUCAAGCGGUUAUUAGACCAUCUCAAAGAGGCUGCCUUCUACUUGCCUGCCGAUCUCAGGAGCAUCAGCGACCAUCUCGACAAAUGGCAGCAAACGAUUGAGCGGAGCAGGAAUGAGCAUUCGGAGCAUCUUCUUACCUUACUUGAGGCAAGAAUCAACCUCUGCAAGGUUACUUUGAAAGAAUUGAAGGCGCCACUGGCUCUUAUGGACGAGAAGGAUAUGCGGACAUACGAGAAACUUGUGUCGCUGCUACGGUCACUCUCAGCAUGCAACGCACGGUCAAAGUAUCCCAAAGACGAGGUCAAAGAUCUUUCGCAGCAGCUCUUUCAAAUCCAGACUGAACUUCAUGCGGAAGGCAUAUCACACGAAGGAAAGACUGCGGAAGAGGUGUAUGCUGAACGGUUGGCAGCCAUUAGCCUGUCCGAGGGUAUUGAGAAAGACGGACCUACAGUAGUGAGAUCACUGCUGGCUCGGUGCCUACUCUGGGUCGAAGUCAUUGAGGCCAAGCAAGGAAAAAUUGACGAGCGCUUCAAGGACCAGUUCGACAAACUACUCAAAAUCAGGAAUGCGCUGGAGCACAUGAAUCUCACACAGGCAUGGUCACUCCGCGAGACGGACUUGUACGAUUACCAGCGACAACUUGACCGAGUCGAUGAAUCACGGGUGGAGGGUAACYUCAUUGAUGCCGAGGGCAAGCCCGCCGAUCUCCACGCGCAAAGGACACUGCUUUACCUCCUCAGAAAGGGGUAUGCCUUCAUCUACCAGUACAUCAUUGCCUCGGAACCAGUGUCUGAGGCUUUGCUACCUAUCUAUAACCAGCUGCAGACGCUGAAGCGAUGCUUGCUGGAAGUUCAGCGUUCCGGAGGUGUGGACAGCCCUCGAGAGUUGUACCCGUACAGCAUGAAGUUGACCUCGAUCGAUAAUAUGAAGAAGGACGGCAAAUUCAUGGUUGGCGACGACAUACCAGAAGGCCAAGGGAGUGUGUCGGCACUUUUAUCCGAAUGCUUUGACCUAGCGUAUGAGCUUCGGAAUGAAGCCGAUGCCCGCCAGGAGCGCGAGUAA